UUCGCAGCGUGCGCAUCACCCCCCACACCCCAACCACCAGUCCACUCCACCACCACCGCCACCGCCCGCGCCCCAGAUCUGAGCCCGCCUGACCUGACCCCCCCUGACCCACCCCCCGCCGCCCACCUCGACUCCAUUCGUCGCCUUCCCGAUCCGGAGAGAUGCCCCCCGGCGCGCCCUCAAAUCUGGGAGCAGCCGCCGCCUCCUCCUCUCUCGUCGUCUUCCCCUAGUCCGCGUCCGCGAUGCAGUCGCGCGUGGCGUCCAUGGACGACGUCAAGGACGCCCGCCCCGCCGCCCUGCCGCCGCUCCAGCCGCAGGGGAGGGUGUUCCCGACGGGGAUGCUCAAGGUGUUCCUCGGCUUCCUCCUCCUCGGCGUCUGCCUCUCCGCGGCCGGGAUGUACAUGGCGCGCCACACGCUGGCGGCCGCCGCGCCCGCGCUGUUCCGCCCGUGCCUGGGGGCGUGGGGGGCGGCGGGGGCGCCUCCGCCCCCGCCGCCGCCGCCGGAGGGGCUGGAGCGGUGGACGCGGGGGCCGGACCGCGUGGAGCACGCCAUGGCCGACGGGGAGCUCCUGUGGCGCGCGUCGUUCGUGCCGCGGGUCCCCGGCUACCCGUACCGGCGCGUGCCCAAGGUGGCCUUCAUGUUCCUCACCCGCGGCCCGCUCCCGCUGGCGCCGCUCUGGGAGCGCUUCUUCCGCGGCCACGACGGGCUCUACUCCGUCUACGUCCACGCGCUGCCGUCCUACCGCGCCAACUUCACCACCGACUCCGUCUUCUACCGCCGCCAAAUCCCGAGUAAGGUUGCAGAAUGGGGUGAGAUGACAAUGUGUGAUGCUGAGAGACGCCUUCUGGCAAACGCUCUGCUGGAUAUAUCCAAUGAGUGGUUUGUCCUUGUGUCUGAGUCAUGCAUUCCUAUAUUUAAUUUCAACACUACAUACCGAUACCUCCAGAAUUCAAGCCAAAGCUUUGUCAUGGCGUUCGAUGAUCCUGGACCAUAUGGACGGGGCAGGUACAACUGGAACAUGACCCCAGAGGUUGAACUCACACAAUGGCGCAAAGGCUCGCAAUGGUUUGAAGUAAACAGGGAGCUUGCCAUCGAAAUUGUGAGAGACACGCUCUAUUACCCAAAAUUCAAGGAGUUCUGCAGGCCUCAUUGUUAUGUUGAUGAGCACUAUUUCCCUACAAUGCUUACAAUUGAAGCACCACAAAGCCUGGCAAAUAGAAGUAUUACUUGGGUGGAUUGGUCAAGAGGAGGUGCACAUCCAGCCACCUUUGGAAGGGGUGAUAUCACAGAGGAAUUCCUGAGAAGAGUUCAAGAGGGCCGGACUUGUUUAUACAACGGCCAGAACUCUACGAUGUGCUUCCUGUUUGCUCGAAAGUUUGCUCCAAGUGCGUUGGAGCCAUUGUUAGAGUUAGCACCCACUGUGCUUGGUUUUGGUUGAUGUAUGGUUGAACAGGUGCACCCCCUGUAAUUUUGAUACGAGAUCAUUGUAGGAUUACAUGGGUAGAGAAGUGGGCUUAUCUUGAUAGAUGAAAGCCUGCACGUCGCCCAUCUCUGCUCCAUUGUGUUAUAUACACAAACUUGUACUGUUUUGUACAGUAACGUGACAUUGAGUCACAUGAGGACUUCUUAUCUUAGAAUAUUACCCUGUAUUUUUUGUUUAUCAGAAGUCAUACAGUAAAUUUUUGAAGAAAAAAAUUCA